GUACAUGGUGGAGGAGAUAGGCGUUCCAGUGGAUGUGAAGGAUGACGAGGGGGAGACGCCGCUGAUGCUGGCAGCGAGGGACGACCACUCAGACGCUGCCAUGUGGUUGGUCGAGCACGGGGCGGCUGUUGCCAUGUCAGCAGAGAAGUCGGGCGCGCAGGCGAUACAUCAUGCGGCAGGGCAUGGUUCGGUGAAGAUCCUCGAGCUCCUAUUGGACCACGGCGCCGACCCUAACGCUCAGAGCGACGCCGGGCCGCCAUUGCUAUGGGCGUGCGGGCACGGGAAGGUGGCUGCAGCCGGUGUGCUUCUAACGAGGGGAGCCAAUCCAGACACGCCCAGCGAGGAUGGCGUGACCUCGCUGCUCACCGCCACUGCUGCCGGGGAGACGGAAAUAGUCAAGCUUUUGCUCCAGACAGCCAAGGCUGCUGGGGAGACGGAGACGACUUUUGAGACGUCUCAAAAGUCGUCUGCUGGGGAGACGGGGAUUGUGAAACUGGUGCUCAAGCCCAACCCAGGUGGCCCCCCUCUCCCCACCAACGCUGCUGCUGCCGCCGCCGCUGCAGCAGCAGCUAGUAGUGCCAACGGCACCACUGCAGCCCCAUCCUCCCCUCUCCCCUGUGUUACCUCCACCACGCCUCUCAUCAUUGCUGCUGACGCGGGAAACACACCCGCCGUCUCGGCCCUCCUUGCUGCCGGUGCCGAUGCCAACAGGCGGGACGAGGAUGGCAUGACUGCUCUAGACGCUGCUGCAGCUGCGGGGAAUAAGGAGGUUGUCGGGUUGUUGCUGCCGGUGACUCAGCGGCCGGCUGACGUGGCGGAAGGGGAUUGGACGGUGGAGGGAGUAAUGAAACGAGCUUCGGGAGCAGCUGCUGCAGGAGGAGCGGGAGGAGGGGGGAAGGGAGAGGCGUCAACAGGAGGAGGAGGGGGGGGAGCAGGAGGGGUAGGAGCUGCACCCCCAGGGUCUGCUCUGUCUGCGGAUGUGGCUGCAGCAGUGGCAGAGGCGAAGACGAGAGGCGAUGCUGCUUUCAGAUCACAGCAGUUCCAAGAAGCAGUCGACUCUUACACUCAGGCGUUGGAUAUGUACCCGCAGGCAGACCUGGCAGCAACUCCAGCAGAGGACAGGGUGAUGAAAGGGACGCUCCUGGCCAACCGCAGCAUCUGCUGGCUGCGAUUGGGACAGGCGCCCCUUGCCCUGGCAGACGGGCAGAUGAGCCGAUCGCUGCGGCCCGACUGGCCAAAGGCGUACUUCCGAGAAGGGAGUGCUUUCCGGGCGAUGGAGCGUUAUGAGGAUGCAGCGAAUGUGUUCUUCGAAGGGGUUCAAGCCGAUCCGAAUAACAUGGAUCUCACUGCAGCAUUUCAGUAA